UUAAACAAUCUCUCCUUUCUCUCCUUUGGCCUUUUUUCUAUAAAAUCUCUAUCAUUCUCCCAAACACACCCUAUUUUCUCAUUUUCUUCUCAUUUCCUUGUGACUAUUGCAAGUGUUCAUGGAUAUCUUUUGAAGAGCUGAUCAAAGUAGCUUUCUACACAUCUUAGUUCUGUGGAAUGGGCCUCACUUCUCUCCAAGUUUGCAUGGACACUCCUGAUUGGCUACAGGGCGUUGUCGACGAGGAGCGGAGAAUGGAUUCUUCAUCUUCACCAUCCGGUGAAAUGAUCACAUGCCCAAGGCCCAUGCUAGAGAGGAGGCUAAGGCCCCAACAUGAUCAAGCUCUCAAGUGUCCCCGUUGUGAUUCUACACACACCAAAUUCUGUUACUACAACAACUACAGUCUCUCUCAGCCAAGAUACUUCUGCAAGACCUGUAGAAGGUACUGGACUAAAGGUGGGUCCCUCCGUAAUGUGCCAGUUGGAGGCGGUUGCAGGAAGAACAAGAAGACAGCUACGAAGAAACCAACAGAUCAAUCUCCCAACCAACAUCUGGAUAUCUCCCACAUGUCUGCACCUGAUCUCCACCUCUCUUUUAGUGGGCCCCAAGUGGCACAUAUCAACACUAUGCUAGGAAACCCUAAUUUUGCAGAAUGCAAAUAUGAUUCAAUGCUGGGGAGCCAUAGAAAUGUCGAAUUCACGGAGAAUAAGUUCGACGCGAUAUUAGGAAAUACUAGGAAUUUCUCUUUCAUGGGAAGCAGUGAGUCGAGCCAUUUGGGUGGUUUAGGAGAAGUAGGCCAUGGGUUCAACCCAUCUAGCCUUCAUGGGCUAACUUCUCCAUUUGGGUUUUCCAUGGAUGGGACCCAUAGUUCGUAUAUGGAAAACGGAGAGAGACUGUUGCACCCGUUUGGAGGAAAUGAUGAUUCAAAUGCAAUGGAAAUGAAGCCAAGCAACAAGCUCUUAUCACUUGAUUGGCAGGACCAGGGUUGCUCUGAAGUUGGAAAGGAUACAUUCGGGUACCCGAUGACUCGACUAGGAUCAUGGUCAGGUGUGAUGAACGGCUAUGGACCUUCCACGACUAACCCAUUAGUCUAGAGUGGUGGAGAUGGACGGAUCUUACUCUCUAGUCUCUACUGCAUGGGAAGUUGUUCACUAUACUUUGGUGAAGAAUGAGCACCGUUGAUCAAUGCAAAUGCACACAAACAUUGUAGGCGUGGCAUACGUGUACCUCAAUCCAAAGCGUCAAAAUUGAUUGGACGAUCAUGACCUUUGAUCGACAGACAUUUUGUCGUAUUUAGACCGUUAACUGUUAUUCAUUUUAACCCGUCCAUUUGCUAGCCACCGACUGGACCUUUAAAGUAACCCAUUCAGUACAAAAUUUUGGUUAUGACCCAGAAACAGUGCGGCCCACGAUUUGAACGGUUUGGAUUGGGGUUAAAUAACUUCCAUCUCUAGUAUCACUGCGUGCGUUACUCAUUGGCUGAUCUCGUCCACCCAUUUCAGAGAUGUUUUGAACUUUUUUUUAAAAUUCAUGUUUAGAGAAGAGGCUUCUAUGAGAUGAUUGAAGAGAUAAAUAGCUUACUCA